AUGCUAUCACAUACCCGCCGAGUGAUGCGGAGUGAAAGCGCCGAAAAAGAGAAACGAAAGCCGGUCCGCCGUGACCCAGAGAAGCGACGGCAACAGAAUGCUCAAGCGCAAAGAAAGUACCGAGAAAAGCUCCGUGGACGUCUGGAUCAUCUCGAGGCAUUAGCAGCAUCUACCGCGCACAGCGGCAUUGAGAAAACACCGGCUGGGGGUACAUGUCUAUCUGAGGCAGUCCCCACGUAUGCCUCAUCCAGUACUGCAUCCAGUAGCAGGACAGAAGGUCUCUACGUUUGUGAUGCUCCGGAAGCCUCUGUUUUCAGUUUGUCUGCAGCAAACCCGCAAGAAUAUCAACCUUUUCCAGAGUCAGAGGGUACCUCAUCAGCCCUAAGCAUAUGGGAUUCAACAAUACUGGACAUUCCAGUCUCCGGCAACAGCUCAUCAGCAACGAGUAUAUGGGACUCUAUCCCACAUAUUGACCCUUCUCUUCUGAUGUGCGAAAAACACAACAACAACAAUAACAACAACAACAACAACUCUACUCCAUCCCGGACAACCACCAUCAAAUGCGGUUGCUCCAGCCCCCACGUGCAAAUGCAAACACAGACACGAGGGCCGGACCCUCUCAGUUAUAACGAGGUCAAAAUGAUCAAAUUUCUCCCCAGUGCAAUGCCCGCAGAUCCAUAUGCCAACAAUCUCCGCAUCGAAUCUAUUUGUACUGUAUCUGCCCUCUAUACAGUCGGAAUGCACAUCGGCCUCACCGAGGAGAUGAUGUGCGCCGAUGAAUCCCUCUCCCCCUUCUUCCGAUUCAGCGCCGAAGCAAUGGACGAAGCAAUUAAAGCAACAAUGAUAGGCACCGUGAAGGCGAUAUUUAAGACCCUGAAACCAGAUUUGAGGCCAAGCAGCAAGCAAAUCACUGUCAAGCAUCAUCCGUACAUCGAUAUUCUUCCAUUUCCGACACUGCGGAACAGUCUCAUUGCCCAUCAAGAUGAAAUCGACGAGGAUGAGUUCUUUCAUGAUAUGCUUACGGGCUUAGUAUGCUGGGGCGGUGCGGGUAUCGGGAGGGAUCGGAAUGAUUCAACUGGAGGUGCUUCGACGGGUACGCCAUGGGAUGCCCGUAGUUGGGAGGCGAAGGUGUGGUUUUUGAAGAAGUAUUGGGCUUGGCUUGGUGGUGAAGAUGGAGAACUUGUUCGGCAGAGCGAGUGGUGGCGCGGUAUGCGAGGGGAUGACAUGCUGGACAUGGAAGGACAUGUCGAGAUAUAA